AUGAGAAUUGUUUCAUUAUUCUUGAAGAAACAGUUGUUGUCCACACAGAUUGCCUACCGUAAUCUGAAAACUGUGAAGACCGCAUUGCCAAAACCACCAGUCCCAACAUUGGAGGCAACACUUGACAGAUAUCUCGAAUACGCUGCUGUCGUUGCUGUUGGCCAAAGAGCAUCGCUUGCCACGACCCAUGAUGCUGCACAGAAGUUCGUUCGUCAAGCAACUCCACUUCAGGAACAACUUCUGGAGAUUUCUCAGAAGUCGCCAAACUGGGCCACAAAAUUCUGGCUGCCUGAAAUGUACAUGCGUGUUCGGAUCCCAACUCCAGUCAACUCGAAUCCAGGGUAUAUCUUUCCAAAAGUGAAGUUCGAGACACAAGAAGAUCACAUCAAGUAUACGGCACUGUUGACAAGAGGGCUUUUGGAGUACAAGAAUUUGAUUGAUACAAAACAAGUGUGCCGUGAAAAGUCGACUGGUGCUCAAAAACUCCAGAUGUGCAUGGAACAGUACGAUCGUGUGCUCAGCUGCUACCGUGAGCCGGGAGUCGGAGAGGAUACGCAAAUUCGAAAACAAAAAACCAACGAUGGAAAUGAGCAUGUGUUGGUGAUGUGCCGUAAUCAGACAUUCAUUCUUCACACUAGAAUCAAUGGAGCCCUAGUUUCAUAUGCGGAUGUUGAGCAUCAAUUGACAAAGAUUGAGGAGAUUUCAAAGAUCAAUCAGAAUAAUACCACAAAGAUCGGCGCAUCUGGUGUGGGUCCACGUGACGAUGCGGCACUGUUCUGGCAAGAUAUGCUAACCGUUGAGCAGAACUGCAAAUCUUAUGAAUGGGUCAAGUCUGCGCUCUUCGUGGUUUGCCUGGAUAUGGAGGAUAAUGUGAACUAUGGAAAGAAUGAUAUUCUGGAUAUUCCAGCCAAGGAGAAGGAGUUUAUUGCUCGUGGAUACUCCACUUUAACCGGUCAUGGAUCAUCCAAAUUCGGACUCAAUCGCUGGUACGAUGCCACUAUUCAACUGGUUGUUUCUUCAAGUGGUGCUAAUGGAUUAUGCAUCGAACACUCGACUGCAGAAGGUAUUGUGAUUAUCAACAUGGCUGAAAGUGCAAUCAGAUAUGCUCAAAAGUACUUUAAGAGCAAAAUGGUGUGGAAUGAUGUACGCAAUGUGCACCCGAAAUCGCUUACCUGGCAUUUCAGUGAAAAUUCCAGAAAUAUUCUGAAGAAACAAGCCGAGGUUUUUGACGAGUUGGCGAAUGAGAUGGAACUGGAAGUGCUAAUUUUCGAUGAGUUUGGAAAGGAUUCGAUUAAGAAAUGGGGUGUUAGUCCGGAUGGUUUCAUUCAGUUGAUUAUGCAAUUGGCACAUUAUAAAACCCAUGGCCACCUGGUCUCCACCUACGAAUCUGCUUCUGUCCGCCGUUUUGGUGCCGGUCGAGUCGACAACAUCCGUGCUAACACUCAAGAAGCUCUGGAAUGGGUUACUGCAAUGACUUGUAAAAAGGAAACUAAGGAACGCAAACUUGAACUUUUCAAGAAAGCAGCCCUCAAACAGGUCAAGGUUACCCUUGAGAACAUCAGUGGUUACGGUAUCGACAAUCAUCUCUGUGCUCUGUUCUGUCUGGCACGUGAACGAGAAGAAGUGACUGGAGAAGAGAUCCCAUCACUUUUCAUGGAUCCAUUAUGGGCUGAGGUGAUGAGAUUCCCAUUAUCCACGAGCCAAGUCACCACAUCCACUGACAUCACUGAUUGCUAUCUGACAUAUGGAGCCGUGGUUCGAGAUGGAUACGGAUGUCCGUAUAAUAUUCAACCGGAUCGUGUCAUUUUUGCACCGACCGCUUUCCGAAGUGAUCGGAGAACUGAUUUGACUCAUUUUAAGAAGAGUUUGGGAGAUGCGAUGAGAGAUGUAAAGGGUUUAUUGAGCAACUGA